AUGACGGACGACGAAAAGAAGGUCGAUAGCCCGGCGGUGGCCGUGGGUCUUGGCGAUCAUGAAGAGCUACCGAUCGAGAAGCAUGCGCACGACGCCGACGAGGCCAUGAAGGCCCUGGAAAGUGCCCAUGGGGAGUCAAUUGAAUUAGACGAGGCGACCAACCGUCGGCUGCUGCGAACGAUCGAUUGGCACCUCAUGCCUAUUAUGUGUUUUGUCUACGGCAUGAACUACCUGGACAAAACCACAUUAUCCUACGCGUCCGUUAUGGGAAUCAAGACCGACUUGCAUCUCAAAGGAGAUGAUUAUCAAUGGCUUUCCAGUUUAUUUUAUUUCGGCUACCUGGCCUGGGAAUACCCCACCAACCGGUUGCUCCAGCUCUGGCCCUUGGGGAAAUACUCAGGAGCGUGCAUUGUGAUCUGGGGUCUCACUUUGAGCUGCUUUGCUGCUGUGAAGAACUACCAGGGGGCGAUUGCGAUCCGCUUCUUCCUUGGGGUCUUUGAAGCUGCAGUCACUCCAGGAUUCGCUCUUUUGACUUCACAGUGGUAUACGAAGAAAGAGCAAGGGAGCCGAGUGAAUAUAUGGUUCUGUUUCAACGGAGUGGGCCAGAUUCUAGGAGGCGCCAUUGCGUACGGAAUUGCAGUUGGCACUUCAAAACACGGGUCCGCCAUCGAGCCAUGGAAAAUUAUAUUCCUCGUCACCGGCCUGCUCACUAUUGUUCUUGGUUUCAUCUUCCUGUGGAUCAUUCCCGACAACCAACUGAAUGCGCGCUGGCUAAAGCCCGAAGACCGCGUUCUAGCAGUCGUCCGAGUGCGAGAAAAUCAACAAGGCAUCGGAAACAAGCACUUCAAGCUCUAUCAGGUGAAGGAAGCGCUCUUGGAUCCGAUGACCUGGGCAUUUUUCUUCUACGCGCUCAUUGCGGACAUUCCAAAUGGUGGAAUCACAAACUUUUUCAGCCAAAUGAUUGCGAGCUUCGGCUUCUCUGACCAAGAAAGCUUGGUUCUCGGCAUUCCAGGGGGCGCUGUGGAGGUCAUUGCUCUUCUGUUGAACGGGUACAUGGGCUACGCCACGGGCCACCGCAUCUUGUGCAGUGUGGGCGGACUCGUCUCGGCAUUGGUGGGAAUGAUUCUCAUUGUGGCCCUUCCUGAAUCGAAUAACACCGGCCGGCUCAUUGGGUACUAUAUGUCGCAGGCGAGCCCGACCGCUUUCGUGGCUCUUUUGGCCAUGAUUUCGUCCAACGUGGCCGGGUAUACCAAGAAAACAACAGUGGCAGCGUUGUACCUGAUCGGCUACUGCGUGGGCAACAUCAUUGGCCCACAAACCUUCCGCCCGAAAGAUGCACCACGGUAUGUCCCCGCAGAGAUCACGAUUAUCGUCUGCAUCGGGGUCUCCAUCUGCAUCAUGCUCUUUGUCUUCUGGUGGUACCAGAAAGAGAACAAGCGAAAGCUAGUGAUCCAAGCGGGGCCUGAUUUCGUGAGGUUGGAGAAUCAAGAAUUCUUGGACUUGACCGACCGCGAAAACCCCUCUUUCAUGUAUUCCCUUUAA